AUGAAGAAGAUUCGGCAGCAGCAUCUCCGCAAGCCGGUGACACCGGAGCUCCUGGUGAGCCCCAGCAGCCCGGACGGGGACCUGGGCUCCGAGUGCCCCGAGGACAGAGGGAACUGGACGGGCCGCCUGGAUUUCCUCCUCUCCUGCAUCGGGUACUGCGUGGGGCUCGGCAACGUCUGGAGGUUCCCCUACAGGGCUUACACCAACGGAGGAGGAGCUUUCCUGGUUCCUUACUUCAUCAUGCUGGCCAUCUGCGGGAUCCCCAUCUUCUUCAUGGAGCUGUCGCUGGGGCAGUUCUCCAGCCUGGGGCCGCUGGCUGUCUGGAAGAUCAGCCCUCUCUUUAAAGGCGUUGGCAUGGGCACGAUCCUCAUCGUCUCCCUGGUGGCCAUUUACUACAAUAUGAUCAUUGCUUACGUUCUCUUCUACCUCUUUGCAUCCCUCACAAGCGACUUGCCCUGGCAGCACUGCGGCAACUGGUGGAACACCGAGCUGUGCCUGGACCACCACGUCCUCAAGGCGGGGAACGCCACCUUCCCCGUCAACACCUCCAACACCGUCAGCCCCAGCGAGGAGUACUGGAGCCGCUAUGUUCUGCACAUCCAAGGGAGCUCCGGGAUCGGGGAUCCCGGGAGGAUCCGCUGGAACCUGUGUCUGUGCCUGCUCCUUUCCUGGACCAUCGUGUACCUGUGCAUCUUAAAGGGAGUCAAAUCCUCCGGCAAGGUCGUGUACUUCACCGCCACCUUCCCCUACCUCAUCCUGGUGAUGCUGCUCGUUCGCGGCGUGACGCUGGAGGGGGCCUGGAAGGGGAUCCGCUUUUACCUCACGCCCCAGUUUGACCACUUGCUGUCUUCCAAGGUGUGGAUUGAGGCAGCCCUGCAGAUUUUCUACUCCCUGGGGGUAGGCUUUGGGGGCCUGCUCACCUUCGCCUCGUACAACACCUUCCAUCAGAACAUCUACAGGGACACCUUCAUAGUCACCCUGGGCAACGCCGUCACCAGCAUCCUGGCGGGGUUUGCCAUCUUCUCCGUUCUGGGAUACAUGUCCCAGGAGCUCGGGGUCCCUGUCAACCAAGUGGCCAAAGCAGGUCCUGGGCUGGCUUUUGUGGUGUACCCCCAGGCCAUGACGAUGCUCCCCCUGUCUCCGUUCUGGUCCUUCCUCUUCUUCUUCAUGCUGCUAACCUUGGGCCUGGACAGCCAGUUUGCCUUCAUGGAGACCAUCGUGACGGCAGUGACGGACGAAUUUCCCUACUACCUGCGGCCAAAGAAAGCUUCUUUCUCGGCUGUCAUCUGCAUUGCCCUCUUCCUGAUGGGGCUGAUCCUCACCACAGAGGGCGGGAUGUACUGGCUGGUCCUACUGGAUGACUACAGCGCCGGCUUUGGGCUCAUGGUGGUGGUGAUCGCCACCUGCCUGGUGGUGACACGUGUCUAUGGCAUAAAGAGGUUCUGCCGAGACAUCCACAUGAUGCUGGGCUUCAAACCAGGACCUUACUUCAGGGCGUGCUGGAUGGUCCUGUCCCCGGCCACGAUGAUGGCGCUGCUGGUGUACAACAUCAUCAAGUACCAGCCCUCCGAGUACGGCACCUACCGCUUCCCCACCUGGGCCGAGGCUUUGGGCAUCCUCAUGGGGCUCUUCUCCUGCCUGAUGAUCCCCGCGGGCAUGCUGGUGGCCGUGCUCCGAGAAGAGGGGACGCUGUGGGAGCGUUUCCAGCAAGCCAGCCGCCCCACCAUGGACUGGGGGCCAUCGCUGGAGGAGAACCGCACGGGUGCCUACGUGGCCAGCCUGGCCGGCAGCCAGUCCCCCAAGCCGCUGAUGGUCCACAUGCGCAAGUACGGGGGCAUCACCAGCUACGAGAACACGGCCGUCGAGGUGGACCGGGAGAUGGAGGAGGAGGAGGAGGAGGAGGAGUCCAUGAUGUGAGGGGACCCCCCGAUGCGGGGCUCGCCCCCCGGCUUUGCACUGGUUGCACUUCGGCACUUCAGGCCGGCUCGGGGCAGCGGGGGGGGCUUUGGGGAGCUGCUGCCCCUGUUGGCCCCCCUGCCACCAUCCCGGCCCCCCCAAGGUGUUAGUGUCAGUGUCGCGAGCUGUGUAAUGAAUCCGUGCGUUCGUGUGAUGGUGUCUGUGUAGGUGACCGGGCUGCCCCGAUCCCCCCAGCCCAGUUUCUGGGUGCAGGGAUGCUGGGUGCAGGGGCAGCAGCCCGCUGAGUUUGUCCGUUCUCUGCUAACGUGUAUUUAACUCCAGUACCCCACAAAGAGGUGUAAGGAAGGAUUUUAGUAUCCUCCAUGCCCUGAGGAAGGUGUGUGUCGGUGCUCUCAGAGGUACUCCAGCAAAACCGGGGCGCGUCGGUGUCCUGCUGAUGAAACCUGACCUAAUAAAUGGGAAGUCAAAAAAA